AUGGUUGGGGUCCACUGGAGAAGCUACCUGCUGAUGGACCUGACAUCCUCCCUGGCGUGGAUCCGGAUAGAGAACCAUCUAGUUCAACUUCAGCGAACAGGAAGGAGGUUUUCUAGCACCAGCUGCCGAGACCAAAAGGAUGCGUAUGCAGGCACGGAUCUGGAGGACCAGCUGCGGUCCGUGUCCAGUGUCGAUGAGCUCAUGACCGUGCUCUACCCAGAAUACUGGAAAAUGUACAAGUGUCAGUUAAGGAAAGGCGGCUGGCAGCAUGAUGAACAGCCCAAUGUCAAUGCAAGAACGGAAGACACUAUAAAAUUUGCUGCAGCACAUUAUAACGCGGAGAUCUUGAAAAGUAUCGACAGCGAGUGGAGGAAGACUCAGUGCCUGCCGCGUGAGGUGUGUAUAGAUGUGGGGAAGGAGUUCGGAGCAGCCACAAACACCUUCUUUAAACCCCCGUGUGUGUCCGCCUACAGAUGUGGAGGCUGCUGCAACAGUGAGGGCCAGCAGUGCGUGAACACCAGCACCGGCUACCUCAGCAAGACGUUGUUUGAAAUUACAGUGCCUCUCUCUCAAGGCCCCAAACCAGUAACAAUCAGUUUUGCCAAUCACACUUCCUGCCGAUGCAUGUCUAAACUGGACGUUUACAGACAAGUUCAUUCAAUUAUUAGACGUUCCCUGCCAGCAACACUACCACAGUGCCAGGCUGCCAACGAGACUUGCCCCACAAACCACAUCUGGAGUAACCACCUGUGCCGAUGCCUGCCUCAGCAAGAUUUUAUUUUUCCUUCUGAUUCUGGCGAAGACUCUGCAGACGGAUCCCAUGACCUCUGUGGACCCAACAAGGAGCUUGAUGAAGAGACGUGCCAGUGUGUGUGCAGAGGAGGGCUCCAGCCUUCCAGCUGCGGACCCCACAAAGAACUAGACAGAAACUCCUGCCAGUGUGUCUGCAAAAACAAACUUUUACCCAGCUCAUGUGGGGCCAACAGAGAGUUUGAUGAAAACACAUGCCAGUGUGUGUGUAAAAGGACCUGCCCAAGAAAUCAGCCCCUAAACCCUGCAAAGUGUGCCUGUGAGUGUACAGAAAAUUCCCAGAAGUGCUUCUUAAAAGGAAAGAAAUUUCACCAUCAGACGUGCAGUUGUUACAGAAGACCGUGUACGAAUCGACUGAAGCUCUGUGAGCAAGGACUUACGUUUAGUGAGGAAGUGUGUCGCUGCGUCCCUUCAUACUGGAAAAGGCCACACAUGAACUAAGACCGUGCUCUCUUCCAACUUCUCACUUUGCAGUCUUGGCAAACCGUGUUGCCACAGGAGAAGCGUCCAUGAACAGAGAGACCUUUGUGGGGCCGUGUGGACAAAGAGAAGUCAGUGUCUCCCGAACUGUGUGGACAACAUUACAGAAAUGGACUGGAGCUCACCCGCAAAAGACCUCUUGUUAAUGACUGGUUUUCUACCAAUGACCAAACAGCUGAGGUUUUUCUCUUGUGAUUUAAAAAAAAAUAAUGACUAUAUAAUUUAUUUCCACUAAAAAUAUUGUUUCUGCAUUCAUUUUUAUAGCAAUAACAAUUGGUAAAGCUCACUGUGAUCAAUAUUUUUAUAUCAUGCAAAAUAUGUUUAAAAUAAAAUGAAAGCUGUAUUAUAUAUAAA